CUUCUUUAUUAAUAUUUACCAUGGAACCUCAACAAGAAACAGAAUGGAUAAAGAUAGCCAAAGAGCUAUUUUCUAAAUUCAACAUUGCCAAUCUACUGUUUUGUUACUGUCUGCCAUUCUUUUAUGUGUUUUAUCCAGCAUUACUGAUGCCUGCCAUCUUUUUGCGUUCACUGUCGUUUGUUAUUGGUUGGGCCUACAAACUUGUUUCUGCACAUCAUCAUCAUACUGAGUUUCCUGGCAGAACAAACGAUAAAUUCAACAGAAAUCAAGAAGUGGACAACGAAAUGGACAAUAUGUAUUUCUGGUUACAGCGAUGUUCUAUCUGCCUUGACCAGACCUAUAGUUUGUGCCUAGAGUCUUGUCGUGAUCAAUUUUGUCAAGAUUGUUUCUCAAGAUACAUUGAAGAAAUUGUCAAUCAGUCGUGGGGAUUGGGCGUCACUCGCAUUAAGUGUCCAGUUUGCCAAGAAGUCAUUCACCAAUCUGAAUGGAGUCGAUAUGUAUCACCACAUAUUGUUGAGAAAUACAAUAGAUAUAACCAACCUUAUCGUCCAUUCAGUCGACACUGUCUUACUUGUCAAGACCCUGUUGCACCAUGUCAGUCACCUCGUUCACAAGGUCUGUCAAGAGAAAAUCGACUUGAGAAAAUUGCAGACCAUUUAGAUAAAUUCUCAAAAUCGAUCCAUCAUCCCACUGUCUCAAGACGAGCAGAUGACAUCUUGGCCAGUUUUCUGGCUGCUUGUCAAAAGACUGGAUCCACUUUUCGUAUCGGUAAAGUCCAAGACCUUUAUAACCAAAUGAUACCUGGCUUAUGCAGCAUUGUUGGUCAACAAUCUGAUCUUUAUGAACAAGCUUCUGAUAUAUCUAAACAACUGGUUGCCUUGGAAGUAAUACCUGAGACAUGGAAACAAACUCAAUUUUGGCAUGUAGCCAAUUUCCCCAUAGAGACAUGUACCAAUUGCGGAGAUAAAUUAUGUCUUCAAUGCGGUGAAUAUGCUCAUCACAACAUGAGUUGCUUGGAAAAUCUGCAGCACAAAUUAAAGCAAAGUGAUACUCAUACAGAACUAACCAUUCAAUGGAAAUUAAAUCACACUCGACCUUGUCCAAAUUGUUCUGUCAUGAUUAAUCGUGAUGAAGGCUGUAACAAAGUGGAUUGUUUGUUGUGUGGAUACCGUUUUUGUUGGCGAUGUGGAACAAGUUGGUCACAGCAAACAUGUGGCUUUUAUCAAUGCGGUGAACAACAACAACAACAACAACAACUAAAAGAACGACAAAAAGAUCUAGAAUUUAAUCAUAAAUCAAAGGCUGAAUUAGGUGUACCUGAUAUGCAUGCAAUUGAUGCACGUCGACAACAUCCUUUAUAAAUGAUACCAACUUAUCUCCCUCCCCCUUCUCCUUCUUUCCAAAUAUGUAUAAAUAGUGUAUAAGCUUUGUUUUAUUUUUAUUUAAAUG